UCCAUCCUUUUACAGUAGUGGUUAAUCGAUCAAGCGAAGCGCACGGUCCGCGAACCGUGCUUAUUGAUUUUUUUAAACAGUGUUAUGUAUUUAAAUUAUCAUGAUCAUUAAUACAGUUAUAUUGUGUAUAUUAAUGUCCAGUAGUGUAUUAGGACAAAAGUCAACACAAAUUCCAAUUCCUGAAUGUCCAGCUCUUGAGAAAGGUGACACAUAUACGCAAUCCGAAUUUCUCUCGCGGCUUGCUCAUGAGUGUCGCUACGAUAGACUUCUGCUGCCAACGUAUCAAACAGGCGAUGUCGUUUACGUGCAUGCAAGCGCUUAUGUUUAUUUUAUUCAACCAGCUGAAGCCCAUGAUUUGAAUUUCAAAUUACAUUUUCUUCUACAACUACGAUGGACUGAUCCAAGGCUCGCUUACGCGCUGUAUUCUCCAGAACGCACGAAAAUUAUAGGAGAAAGUGAUUUACGAUCGCGGAUAUGGGUGCCUCAUUUGUACAUGUCUAACGAACAAUCAUCAAGCUUGAUGGGAACGGAUAGCAAAGACGUCCUUAUAUCGAUCGCACCUGAUGGUGAGGUGCUGUUCAGUCGGCGAAUGCAGGCAGUUCUAUACUGUUGGAUGAAUCUUCAAAAAUUCCCAUUUGACGACCAGAAAUGCUCAAUGAAUUUAGAAAGCUGGAAAUAUAAUGCCUCAAUAUUACGACUUAUGUGGGAAAAAGACAAUCCAGUUCGCUUAUCUUCUGAAUUGCACUUAACAGAAUAUUCAUUGCUGGACUAUUGGACGAACGAGUCUGUAGUCCGUGGUGACAUCGUUAACAUGAGACUGGGUGGAGGUAGAUCGGGCAAUUACAGUGCACUGAAGUUUACCUUUAAAUUGGGUCGUGAAGUCGGUUACUACUUGAUGGAUUAUUUCAUCCCCUCAAUGAUGAUAGUCGCAAUGUCAUGGGUAACAUUUUGGUUGCAAGCGGAUGCUUCGGCGCCUAGAAUAACUUUAGGUACCAGUACGAUGUUGUCGUUUAUAACACUUGCCUCAUCUCAAGCAAAGACCCUUCCGAAAGUGUCCUACAUUAAAGCGAGUGAAAUUUGGUUCUUGGGUUGCACUGGGUUCAUCUUCUCAGCUCUAGUUGAAUUUGCCUUUGUCAACACAAUUUGGCGCAGGAAGAAAGUGGUGAGUCUGAAGAAAGUUAAUAGCAAAUACAUACUAAAGAGCACAUUAACUCCGCGGCUGGCACGCAAAGAAUUACAGAAAGAACUGCAGGAGUCUUCCCCACAACUCAGCAAGUCACGAUCCUGCUCUUCUUUACAACAAGAAACUAGCAGUGAUCCGGCUGGACCCGCAUAUAACAAUUACCUUACUGUACACAGUUUCCCAUCUGCCAUGAACUUGCCUACUAUAACCACACAAAGCUACGACGACCUCGUCGUCAGGGCUGGUGGAAAUGGCCGUCGUCACAACAAUUCCGGCAGCGAGGGUUCAGACGAACCCCCAAAACACCACACCUGGACGCAAAUGACUCCACAAGAAAUCGCCACGUGGAUCGACAAACGCUCCCGAGUUCUAUUCCCCCUACUUUUCAUAUUCUUCAACGUACUUUAUUGGACAUUCGUUUAUUGUCUAUGAUUUUGUACAAUGUUCAUUCGCCUUUUGCAAAAUUGUUCCUAAGCAUCUCUCAUUGUUGAGAUUCAUUGGUGCUUAUUAUAUAAUAAUAGCACUAUGUCAUAGCGUUUAUUAGCAUUUAUUAUUAAUGAAUGUAAUAUUAUGCUUCUUUGUAAUGAUUUGUUUUGUCAUAGAUAAGUAGGAAAAAUUAAUACUUAUAAUUCACAACUUAAACAUAGUUUACUUCGUCGUCUUGAACUUGAGAUAUAUACGUGACAGACGUAUAAAUGAAGACAAAAUAAUUAAAAACGAGCUUAUGCGAUAUUUAUUUAACUUCUUGGACAUAUUCGGUAGGUCUGAGAAAUUGGCCGUGAACAAUUUUUUAUACUCCUAAGUGAUCAGGAUGUUCUACUUGAACAACGAUUGCCUGGUGAGGUAGUUUCUUAAAUUGUAAUAGAUUUUAAAUUUUUACCUGCGAUCCUUUUCGUUAGAUCGGUGAUUAUUGUUACGAUAAGUAUAUUCGAUUGGGAGUAUGAGUCGGGUUACCACUAUGAGAUUACAUUUUGACGUCCAACGAUUCCCGAAUUAAGAAUUACGUUGACGAAUGACGGUGACGAUACCCUUUAUUUCAGAGAUGAGUUGAUGGCUUUGUGGUGUGUCUUUUAUUCAACAAUAGUAAAUAAUAUAUUUGAUAUUAUAUGCAACUUAUAGUAAACACGUAACCUUAUAAAUAUAAUGUGAUUUUUUUGUAUUGUUUGUACCCUUUUGAUGAAUGACGCCAAAGCCCUUAGAGGUGCACAUUUUGUACAGAUUUCAAAUAUCUCAAUGUUAUAUUUAAACAUAUAAUAGAUUACUUACGAUGUAUUUAUAGUCUUAAAUUUGUGAACAAUUUAUUCAUAUAAAAAUAAUCGUAGAUGGGUAAUAUUAUUUAUUUAUUUACUUUAUAGUUUUUACUUAUUAAUUAUUAAAUGUUGUAUAAGCCAUAUUUUAGAGAUAACAAUAGGUAGCUUAGAUAUAUCAUGGAUGCUUAUUUUUACCCAUGAGUGAAGAAAGUAUGAUCUUAAUUUUUUAACCGUAAUAAACGAGAAAGUCUUGUCAAUUAUUAGAAUAGGUCAGUAUUAUAGUGUCAAAUAAAU